GAACGAGAAACUAUAAAUAGCGGCACGUCCUAAUGCUUGGCAGAAACAGAGAGAGGCAUAGCAGAGCACAGCUGGUCACCGGGGACUACAUCAACACACAACACAUACGGCGUGCCUCGUUCAUUUGACGGGAGGAAGGAAUUUAUUAUACAUUAUAAGAUGGCGGUGAGUGAAGUCAGCGACGGAGAUGUUGUUUAUUACUUCCGCGACACCAAUAAGCUAUUGGUCCAAGCCUGGCAGAGUGUCUUUGAUGACUACCCAAAUUCUGUGAAAGCGUCUCACGGAGACAUCUUUGAAGGAGGUCCGGCGGCAGAUGCGAUCGUUUCCCCUGCCAACAGCUUUGGAUUUAUGGACGGAGGAAUAGAUUAUGCGUAUACUAGGUUUUUUGGAUCUCAAAUGCAAAACCGUCUGCAGACCAUCAUACGAGACGAUUAUGACGGGGAACUUUUAGUGGGGCAAGCUAUUCUGAUGCCGGCUUAUGACGAGGAGGGAAGGGAUGCGUCCAAGGACUGGUCUCCCUUCAAUGAAGGAAAAGCCAUCAAGUACCUCAUCUCUACUCCCACCAUGAGAGUUCCGUCCAACGUGGCAGACACAGUGAACGUAUACCUGUCGUUCCGGGCAGUUCUGCUUGCUGUGCGACGACACAACAACACAAAGGGAAAUGAGCCGAUCCGGAGUGUGCUGGUGCCAGGGCUAGCAACAAGCACAGGUCGGAUGUCCCCGCUCCGAUGUGCUUGGCAGAUGCUGCAAGCCUACGAGACAUUCACCCAAAAUAUGCAUGAUAUACGGAGGACACCCGCCAACUUAUUGCAGGUCUACGCUGAUCAAGAGAAGCUGUGUGAGGAGGAGAAAUAUGUGGCCGCUUAACCAGUCUGAAGUGCAAAAGAACUACAGCAGCUACUGGCACAGUACAUUGUGUCAAACGAAUCGAACUGGACUGCUUUGUCUUCGCUUGGCAUAGAUCUAGAUUUUUAUUUGUUGUUUGAUUGGGUGUUUUUUUUUUACCCAAUCCUAAAAAGUUGAAUGAACUCGUGUUAAACGGACAAUGUAGACUUUUUCGGGUAGUAUAGCCUUACAGCAAGGACAGGCAUUUGGCACAACAGUGUCAGAAGUUUUACUGGUGGCGUAGCCUUAAGGGUGGAUAGCGUAGAUAUUUUACAGGUGGCACAGCCUUAAGAGUGUUCAGUGUAUAUAUUAUGUUCUCCUGGUGACAUAGCCUCGAGGGUGGAUAGUGUAGAUGUUUUACUGGUGGCACAGCCUUAAGAGUGGACAGUGUAUAUAUUUAUGUUUUCCUGAUGGCAUAGCUUUAAGGGUGGACAGUAUCUAUGUUUUACUGGGAACGAAGUUUUAAGGGUGGACAUUUGGCACAACAAAUCAGGGAAUAUAGGUAAGAAGAAGAUUUAAAUACAAUGUAUAUAAGACCCCGGUGUCACUACCCGUGAGAUCUAACAGGGUAACUAAGAAGUAGGUCAUAGGUUUGUCUAGGGUAUGGUGGGUAUUAUGUAAGCCAGGGUUUCGUCCAGUUUAAUGUAUUUUAGUAAUAGUUUUACGGCACAUGCAAAACCUAAAACAUAGGCCACGUAAUUGCCGAAGGAUUAGAUGUAUUACAAGAGCGUAACUUACAAAGAAAACAGGAGGAGAGGUUGGAAGGAAAGAAGGAGCAACCCACACCAGAGCACCCGCCAACCAUUCGCAAAACAAGUGCAUACGCCGCAGCAAAUAGGAUUCCCUCUUGAAAGCAAAAAAAAAA